CGGGGCUGCCGGCCUGCCGCCGCCAUGAGGAGCGCGCCGCGCCUGCUGCUGCUCGCCCUGCUCAUCUUUCCCGCCGCCCUGCUGCUCCGGGGCAGCGGCGCAGGUUCAGGCUUAUUAGCUGCAGCUCAGGAUGCUACAGAAGAUGAGGAAGCUGUGGAAGAUACUGUAGUUGAAGACGAAGAUGAUGAAGCUGAAGUUGAAGAAGAUGAGCCUACAGACUUGACAGAAGAAAAAGAGGAAGAAGACUUGUCAGGAGAACCUAAGGCCUCACCUAGUGCUGAUACAACAAUAUUAUUUGUCAAAGGUGAAGAUUUUCCAGCAAACAACAUUGUGAAAUUCCUGGUAGGCUUCACCAAUAAGGGUACAGAAGACUUCAUUGUUGAGUCUCUUGAUGCUUCGUUCCGGUACCCUCAAGACUACCAGUUUUAUAUCCAGAACUUCACAGCUCUCCCCCUGAAUACAGUAGUUCCACCGCAGAGACAAGCAACAUUUGAGUACUCUUUCAUCCCUGCUGAGCCUAUGGGGGGCCGUCCUUUUGGAUUAGUUAUCAAUCUCAACUACAGAGAUGCAAAUGGUAAUAUGUUUCAAGAUGCUGUCUUCAAUCAAACGGUUACAAUUAUUGAAAAAGAAGAUGGAUUGGAUGGAGAAACGAUCUUCAUGUACAUGUUCCUUGCUGGACUUGGUCUGCUUGUUAUCGUUGGCCUACAUCAGUUACUAGAAUCUAGGAAGAGAAAAAGACCAGUACAGAAAGUUGAAAUGGGAACAACGAAUCAGAACGAUGUUGAUAUGAGCUGGAUUCCCCAGGAAACUUUAAAUCAAAUAAAUAAAGCUUCACCAAGGAGGUUGCCCCGCAAGAGGGCACAGAAGAGAUCAGUGGGCUCUGAUGAGUAAAUGUUAACUAGUGCAACAAAUGAACCUUUACUAAUCCUGCCUGUUGGGUUUUUUUUUGUAUUGGAGUAGUGCGGAGUCCGUGUCAGCGCAAGGAAAAUACUGCUAAACAUUUGGACUGAACAGUUCAACUGAAUGGUGUUAAUAUUACUGAAAAUGCACUUCUCUUUUUUGUUAAAUAAUUGUUGGGGGGAGCCAUUAAGGUUUGUGCCUGCGUGUGUAAGCAGUUGGUCUUAACAGAACCGUGUUACCUGAAAUGUGCCUUUAGAGUUCUUUUAAAUGCUGGCUUGUCCUCUGUAUACUUGGAAGGGUAUUUUCCCCUCCCCAUAAUCUGAAUGUCUAGUGACUUAAUUUGUCUUGAUUGUAUCCUGCCUAUCAGAACCUGUCUACGUUUUUCUUCUCGGUGACUUUGUUCUCUAUCGCACGCACAGACUCAAGUUUGUGUGUCCAGCCCUGUUCAGGCACUCGUCAUCUGGAUUUCUGUGCAGUUAGCAUUCUAAAGGCACAAUUGGGUAUAGCUGCUUGUAGUGGUAGAUACUUUGCUGCUGUUUUGACCUGGGCAUGCAGGGACCUAAACAUCUGAAUUUAUCUGCAUGGAUGUUAGGACAACUCUUACACGGCAGCAGAACUUGUGAAGCAUGGAAUUUGUGUGCUGAAUUGGUAUUACUACAUAAAUUUUUUUAUACCCAA